AUGAUUAUUCGAAGUAUCGAUAAUACUGAAGAAGCUCGAGAUGUUCGUAAUCUUCUCAAUCGAUUUCGUCAAAAUGUGGAGAGUCGAAACUUGGAGGGAGCAACCAAAUUGUUCAGCAUAGGUGCUAGAAUUCAUGACAACGAUGGAACCGAAAGAUCACCAAGAGAUUUUGCACAAGGUUUGAUUAGUCAAGGAAAUUGGAAUAUUGAUAUGAAUAAUGUAGCGUGUUUUGGAACUGAUGAUCCAAAUGAACGUGGAAUUAGUUUUCCAAGUUCGAAUAAUGAAUACAACAUGGAAACUGGUUUGUUAUCUUUAAGAUUGCCUGAUGGGCGGCAGAAAUAUGUUGGUGGGGAGCAUCUUAUGUAUGCUCGUGAGACAACUACAGUAGCACCUGCUCGUGGAGCACCUUCAUCUUCUGAUAAUCAAGAUAAUUCAUAUCAUUAUGAUCAAGAGCCUUCAACAUCAAGAGGAUCGGGGAAAUCGAAAAAACGUAGCCAUGGUUGAAAAAUCCAAUAAACUUUUCGUUCAUAAACUUAAGCUGAGUAAUCUUUUGAUUUUCAAUGUUUGGGCUCAAAGUGGAUGCAGGUUUCAUUAUUGAUUUGAACAAAAAAAACAUUCCAUAGAUGUCUGAAAAUUGUCUGUGAGAAAACCAACAUCUAACAAAACUCCUCAUAGAUUAUUCUGAGAAAAACUGAAAGAAAACUUGUGAUCUUCUAGAAUAGAUGAUCGUCAUUCUUCUUCUUUCCCUAAUAAUCUCCCAAUGUUUCUGUUUUCCUCCAACUCCAGAAGAAAUCAACAUUGUUCUGAACGCAAAAAAUGUGCGAAAUCAGCUUCUUCGUUUUCAGAAAAAUAUUGAAAAUCGAAAUUUGGUGGGAGCAAAUAAGUUAUUCAGUAAUAGUGCAACAAUAACAAUAACUCUAUCAUCUGAGCAAUCAAAAAUUUCAUCAACUGAAUUCAAUCAGAACUUGAUGAAUCAGGGAAAAUGGAUUAUUGAUCUUGAUAGUUUUGAAUAUUUCCGGAACUCAUCUUUCAAAUGAAUAUGGUAUCAAAUUCAAAAGUUCGAAUAAUGAAUAUGAAAUGGAGACUAGAUUGUUGGCCUUGAAGUUGAAUGAUGGUCGUAUGAAGUAUAUCAGUGGAUUUCAUAGGGUAACUCCACGUAAGACAUCUACAACACCUUCAACAUCGGAUAAUUCAUAUCAUUAUGAUCAAGAGCCUUCAACAUCAAGAGAAUCCAAAUCUUCUGGCCGUGGUUAG